AUUCUGAAGUAGAAUACAUUCAUUAAAUUAUUCACAACUGAAUUUUAGUGUGGUUUUAUGUUGUGUAAUAAAUGGAAGUUAUUCUUGAAAAUCUGAAGAAUAAUCCACAUUGCCCGCAUGGCCCAUGUUUAAUUUUUGAAAGAUAUUCUUCUAAUGGUACCAAAACUGGAAGAAGAUUUUUUGCAUGUUCUGCUUGCAGAGAUAGAUCUGAUUGUAGUUUUUUCCAAUGGGUUGAUGAUGAUUUGUCCACACAAACAAAAGAGCACUGGAGAGAUGUAAUUGAAAAACAUAAACCACCAUUUACUCAUGAAGAGUAUUUGCAGAGAUUAGAAAAAGUUAAAAGUUCAUCUCAGGAGAAAAGGAAGUACUGUAAAACAUGUUCCCUUCUUGUGUUAGAGGAAGAAGAAAGUCUUCAUUUGAAACAUGACUUUGUGAGCAAUUUGACUUUGCAGGAUUUACAGAAACCAAGCUGCAUUUUUGAAACAGUUCAAAACAAGAAAGCAGAAGCACAAUAUUUUUUUGCAAAAGAGACAGUGGAAUUUGUUGUUAACCUUGUAGAAAAGUUAGGAUUCACAAAACUUGUCCUCUUAGGAGUUCCUAAGGUACAUGAAUAUGUUCAAGAAAAUUCUAAUCUCAACACUUUUUUAAUGGACAUUGACUAUCGAUAUAUGCAGUUUUUUAGUCCCAACAAAUUUUGUCACUAUAAUAUUUUCAACAACUAUUUUUUUAAUGGAGCAGAAAGCAAAACUAUACUUAAGGAGUUCCUAUCUGAACAAAGUGGCGAAAAGGUUGCAGUCAUGUUGGAUCCUCCAUUUGGUGGUCUUGUGGAUGCUAUUGCGUGCACAUUAAAGAAAUUAAAUAAAUGGUGGAGAAAAAAGAAUGAAAAAAGUACUGAAAAUCUCCCUUUUAUGUGGUUCUUCCCUUAUUUUAUGGAAGGAAGAAUUGUCAAAAGUUUACCUGAUGCAGUAAUGAUGGAUUAUAAAGUUGAAUACACUAACCACAAAAAAUUUGGUACAAAAGUUGAUUCUAAAGGAUCACCAGUUCGCAUUUUUACAAAUAUUAUGCCAUCAGCUUUUGUUUUGCCUGAAAGUCUUGGUUACAGAUUUUGUGAAAAGUGUGAGAGGUUUAUUGCAAAAGAAAACAAACACUGUGUAAAGUGCAAUUGCUGUACUACAAAACAUGGAAAAACAUAUAAACAUUGUGAUGAAUGCAAACAGUGUGUCAAAAAUUCUUAUGAGCACUGUGGUAAAUGUAAGAAAUGCAAUCUCAUUGGUCAUGUGUGUAGUGAAUCUACACAGAAAAAAUCUGAUGGAAUUCAUAAACAAGAGAAAUGUCAUAAAUGUUCUGGUUUUGGCCACAGAAAACGAAAUUGUCCUGUUAAUACAUUUAGAAACCGGAAGAAGAUGAGACAUAUGUGUUGAUUUACAAAGUAUUUAAUCUCUUAGGAAAGGAUUUUGUAUAACAACUUCGUUUUUUACAUAAAAUGUAAAUAAAUGUUUUUUUUAUAAA